AUGCCAUACACCUUUCUCCCUUUGGGUGGCGAUGAGGCUGGACUUCCCCAGGAGCCCUUUGGAAACCUGACACCUUGGGCCGAGCCGGCCUGGCACAAUCAGCUGGAGAGUGCAUACUACAACGAGAGCCACAGAAAGCUGCGGUCUUACGCACGGAGCUUCAUCGAGAAGCACGCUAUCCCAUUCGCGAAGGACUGGGAGGCUGCGGGAGAAGCACCCCGCGCCGCAAGGGAGGCGUGGGUUCAGUCCGGGCUCGCUUUCCUGGAUGUGCCUGGGGAGUACCGUCCCAAACACCUGCUUACCGUCGCGGGCAUACCGUACGACCAGAUAGAUGCCUUCCACCAGCUCAUCCUCUGGGACGAGAUCUCGAGGCUGCCCAGCGGCGUGGCCCUGGCCCUCGCUGGCGCCUCUGUCGUGGGUGCUCCGCCCAUCAUCGCGGCGGGCACGGAGGAGCAGAAGCGCCGCUGGCUGCCCGGCCUGUUUGACUGGAGCACCAGCUUCUGCCUGGGCAUCACGGAGGCCACCGCUGGCAGCGACGUGAGUGCCGUACGGACUAAGGCGCGCAAAACUGCUGAUGGGAAGGCAUACGUUGUUUCGGGCCAUAAGAAGUGGGUGACCGGCGCGCCCUGGGCGACGCACAUGGUCGCUGCUGUACGCACCGGAGAUGCUCCUGGGAUGAAAGGAAUAUCUCUUCUGGUGAUAGCGAUGGAUGCAGAGGGCGUGUCCCAGAAGAAGAUACACAACUCGGGUCAUAACGCCGGCGGAUCCUCAUGGGUCUAUCUAGAAGAUGUGACGGUGCCGGCUGAGAACUUGCUGGGAACGGAAAACGCGGGCUUCCCCAUCAUCAUGUCGAAUUUCAACAAAGAGCGCAUUGUCCUGGCUGUGGACUGCAACAGACAGGCGAGGAUGUGCCUGAGCGAGGCAUUGGCGUAUGCCCACGAGCGCGAGACUUUCGGCCAGCCUCUAGCAUCACAUCAGAUCAUCCGCAGUAAGCUGGCAACACUGGCGAGGGAGGUAGAUGCACACUGGGCCUGGCUGGAACAGAUCAUCUACCACGUGAGCAAGCGUGGAUGGCAGGCAAAGGAGCUCGGUGGAGUCGUCGCGCUGGUGAAGAUACACGGUGCCAGGGUCGUGGAGCUUGCGGCCAGAGAAAGCCAACAGGUCCUCGGGGGAAGAGGCUUCGAAAAGGGGGUCACUUUCACGGAGCAGGCAACUCGCGAUCUACGACUAAAGGUCAUUGGCGGCGGGAGCGAAGAGAUUCUGAACGACUUGGCGUGGCGUGAAGAGCACAAACUGGCUCAGAAACGAGGAGCGAAGCUGCUACUGCAGGAUGACGGGUCUCUUAUCGUGCAAGUGUCCCCGAACAGGACGGUGCUUCCGGGCCUGGAAAAUCAAUUUAUAGCGUCCACAAUCAACUCAAACAGCACGAUAUCACACUGGCUACUUUUCCACAAGCGGCAAGAGACGGGGGAAUCCGGCAUAGAGAAUUUGAACGCCCUGGUUGCUCUCGAGGAUGGAGUGACAGGGUUUCCGGGAUCCCUCCACGGUGGCAUGGUGUCUGUGAUCUUCGACGAGGUUGCCGGACUCCACAUUGUGCUGAACGGCCAUGUCCCUGGCACGGAGUUGGACAAAUCAUUCCGGACGGCCUACAUCAACACCUCGUUUGUGAGGCCGGUCCCAACACCGGCGACCGUCCUUGUGAGGUCUUGGAUCGCAAAGGUGGAAGGGAGGAAGCACUGGGUUCGGGCACAGAUCGAGGACGGGAACGGUGAGGCUCUAGCGAAAGCCGAAGUGCUAUAUAUAUCAAUCAAAGGCAAGCUUUAA